UGGAGAUGCAGCGUGAAUCUCAGAAGGACAGGACUAUUUUGUGCAAGUACGAUCCCACAGAGCCUGGGGACUAUCGCAUGGAGGUGAAGUGGUCGGGUGAACAUGUCCCUGGCAGUCCCUUCAUUGUUAUGAUCUUCGACACUCAGGAUGAGCUCAACAGAUAUAUGGCGGGUGGGUAUUCUCCCUCUGGACCUGGUGGAGCUCCUAGUGACUACUAUGGUAGUAUUGGCUAUGGUACUUAUGGCGCAGUUAGUUUUGGACAAAUGUCGUGGCGUGGUUCUCAAGCACAGUUGUGAAGGGGGCCAGGGUCCCCACCGAGCGUCGCUCCUCUCUAUAAUACCCCAUCCAGUAAUGGCUUCAGUCAUGGCUCUUCACCCUCUUCCCC